AAUAAAUAAAACUUGUCUUCUCUGUCUCUUUCUCUCCCCAAACUGAACUUGUCUCGUUCGGUCUCCCCAAAAUCCAGUAGGAAAAACAAACGCAAUGAAUCAACGAGCUUCGAACUUACUGGACGAAGCCCUAGGGCUCGUGGACGAGGGGACUAACCCUUGGACGCUGAGCGGCCGAGUGCUUCUGAUCGAGGACUGCGUCGAGACUAGCGCCACUUUCCUUCUCCACCACCUCCUCAAGCGCGCUCUCUACACUCUCUCCUCUAACGUCGUCGUCUUCCUCGCUCUUUCUCAGCCCUUCUCUCACUAUGAUCGCGUCCUCCGGAAACUCGGUUGUAACUUAGCUGCUCAAAAGGAGAAUAACAGAUUAUUGUUCCUCGACAUGCUUACGUCAGAAUUUCCAGAUGGAGGUGAAAGUGGGCUUGUUGCUUUGUAUGGGAAAAUUGAAAAAGUGAUCAAUGGCUUAAUUGAAGAAAACAAGAAGUCUAUUACCAUCAUUAUAGAUGAUCUUUCUCUUUUGGAGGUGGCAGCUAAUGGCGCUUCAAAUCAUGUCUUAGACUUUCUGCAUUACUGCCACACAUUAACAUCAGUAUUUGGCUGUACAUUAGUUGCCCUUAACCAUGAGGAUAUCUAUUCAAGCAUGGAGAAGCCUGCCCUUAUUUUACAUCUGGAGUACCUGGCAGACAUUCUGAUGAAGACAGAACCAUUGGCCACUGGUUUGGCAACAGAUGUGCAUGGACAGUUGACAGUUUUGAACAAAGAAACAUGGGAUGGGCAGGGGAGAUCAAGAAACAGGAUAUUUAAUUUUCACUUCCGAAUCAAAGAAAAUGGUGUCGAAUAUUUUUCUCCGGGGAGCAGGGCUUGAUGAGACACCAUAUGAUGAGGAAAUUUAAUUUGCAGAAUGGAUGUAUUAAUGAAGGCUCCUUAGUCUUUAGAUGGGAGGUUUUUUUUUUUUUUAAUUUUUUAUUAUAUCUCCCCUAUGGUAAUUUAAACUAAUUUGAAAGGUCAUGGUAAUAAAUAUGAUGUAAUUUUAAAAUUUAAA